CCGAGCCCCGCUCAGCCGCCGCCUCCCUCGCUCUGAUCCGGGAGGAGCUCGGGGAGAGCCCACGGAAACUUUCCCGCAUUUUUCCCCGCAUUGUGUCCGAAUCCGGAGUCCCGGAGGCGGCUCGUCCUCCCGCCUCUCCCCCGUGCACCCCCUCCCUCCUUCCCCGGUGUCCUGUCAGUCCCUCCCUGGGAGUGUUGUUGUGAAGCGGGGAUCUAACAUGGCGACGGUGCCUGUGUACUGCAUCUGCCGCCUGCCCUACGACGUGACCCGGUUUAUGAUCGAGUGCGACGCCUGCAAGGACUGGUUUCACGGCAGCUGCGUUGAUGUGGAGGAAGAUGAAGCUCCCGAUAUUGAUAUCUACCACUGUCCAAAUUGUGAAAAGACCCACGGGAAGUCUACAUUGAAAAAGAAAAGAAAUUGGCACAAACAUGACACGGGACAGGCUACAGACGUCAAACCAGUUCAAAAUGGCAGUCAGGUCUUCAUCAAAGAGCUCCGGAGUCGAACCUUCCCAAGCGCUGAGGACGUGGUCACCAAACUGAACGGCGGUCAAUUAACAGUGGAAUAUUUUGAAGACACUGGGUUUACAGAACCAAUUCUGGUGCCAAAGAAGGACGGUCUGGGUCUGUCUGUACCCGCUCCCACAUUCUAUGUCAGUGAUGUUGAAAACUAUGUUGGUCCUGAGAGGCUGGUGGAUGUUACAGACGUCACAAAACAGAAGGACUGCAAGAUGAAGCUCAAGGAAUUUGUGGAUUAUUACUACAGCACUAAUAGGAAAAGGGUUCUCAACGUCACCAACUUGGAAUUUUCUGACACAAGAAUGUCCAGCUUUGUGGAGUCUCCAGAUAUUGUUAAGAAGCUCUCAUGGGUGGACAACCAUUGGCCUGAUGAUGCUCUUCUAGCAAAACCAAAAGUGAACAAGUAUUGUUUGAUAUGUGUGAAAGACAGUUACACCGACUUCCACAUAGACUCGGGAGGUGCCUCAGCCUGGUACCAUGUGCUUAAGGGGGAAAAAAUAUUUUAUCUGAUCAGACCGGGUUCAGCCAAUAUCUCCCUAUAUGAACGCUGGAGAUCAGCUGCCAAUCACUACGAGAUGUUCUUUGCAGAUCAAGUAGACAAAUGUUACAAGUGCACAGUGAAGCAGGGGCAGACUCUGUUCAUUCCAUCAGGGUGGAUCUACGCAACAUUGACCCCCGUGGACUGUUUAGCAUUUUCCGGUCACUACCUUCACAGCCUGAGCGUGGAAAUGCAAAUGAGAGCCUAUGAGGUAGAAAGGAGACUGAAGAUUGUCAGCUUAACCCAGUUCCCAAGUUAUGAGACUGCUUGUUGGUAUGUGGGAAGACAUCUACUUGAGAAGUUCAAAGCAUUACAUAAGUCGGGAAAGCAGCCAGCGCCUCACCUUGUCCAAGGAGCCAAAAUUCUGAAUGGAGCCUUUAGAUCAUGGACGAAAAAACAUGCUCUGUUAGAACAUGAAGAUGAACUUCCAGAACAUUUCAAACCCUCACAGCUCAUCAAGGACCUUGCCAAAGAAAUACGGUUAACAGAGAAUGCAUCAAAAGUCAACAAAACGGACAUCAGUGCCAACACAAUUCCAGAAGGGAACAAUAUUUCAGAGAAAAUCGAGAAAGAAGAACCUCCCUCACCCGUGCCAGACUCCCCUCCACCUGUGGAAAAAGUGAUGAAAAAAAAGUCUCCUAAGAGCGAAAAGUUACCCAAGCCUCCAAAACUGCCUAAACCCCCCAAAGAGACAAAACCUCCAAAAGUUGCCAAACUGCCCAAACCUCCUAAAACGCCCAAACCUCCAAAACCACCUAAAAGUAAAGAGGGAGGCAAAAAGAAGUCAAAGAAGGUCAAAGAUUCACCAUCUUCAGGAACGGAGUCCCCUGACCUCGAUGUUCUUGAGGCUCACACUAAGGAUGCGCUCAUUAAAAUCGACACACCAAAGAAGGCGACAACACCUAAAGAAGAAAUAAGCGUCCCCAUCAAAGAGGAACCAGCGAAACAGAACAACGAGAUCGAAAAGUUUGAAAUCCGAGAGCAGAAUAAAAUCAAGACAGAGGCAAAGUGGAAAUACAAGAACAGCAAGCCAGAUUCCUUACUGAAGAUGGAAGAGGAGCAUAAAAUACAGAAAAGCCCGUUUUCCUCGAUUAAGGACAGCAAAUUUAAAUUCUCCUUUUCUGGCAAGAAGCUAUUCAGUCACAAGGGAAUCAAGCCCCAGAACAGUCCCAGCAUCUUUGGAUCCUUGCAGAAUUUUAAAGAAGACAAAAACAAGCCGAUCAGGGACGAGUAUGAAUACGUCUCCGAUGACGGAGAGCUAAAAAUUGACGAGUUUCCAAUCAGGCGGAAGAAAAUGACAGCCAAGAGGGACUUGUCAUUUUUAUCAGAUGUAAAGGAAACGCCUCCUCUUUUGCCGCCCAAGAAGCCCAAAAUCCUGGAAAAGAAGUAUAAGAGCGACGACUCCUCAGACGAGGGAUCCCUUCACAUCGACACAGACACAAAACCAGCCCGAAACUCCAAAGUGAAGAAGGACAGCACAAGUUCUGGGGGCAUUCUGGACCUUCUGCAAGCAAGUAAAGAAGUUGGUGGCUUGGAUUAUAACUCCAAUAGUCAACCACCCGCAUCCCCAAGCACACAAGAAGCAAUACAGGGCAUGUUAUCGAUGGCCAACCUGCCGUCCGACUCUUGUCUACAGACGUCGUGGAAUGCUAACCAGUCGAAAAAUAAUUCCCUAUCAGCCCAAAACGCUAAGAAAUCAGGCAACAACAAGUGUACGAGCAAGCGAGUCGGCAAGAAAGCCCCGAAGAACAACAUCACAAUGGACGACUAUGAGGAGGAGCAGGACAACUUGGGAGCGUGCUUUAAAGACUCGGACUUUGUUUACCCAUCUCUCGAGUCAGACGAAGAUAAUCCUGUGUUCAAAUCUCGAUCGCGGAAGAGAAAAUGUUCUGAUGAUGCUCCAUAUAGCCCCACAGCAAGAGUCGGCCCCUCCAUACCGCGGCAAGACAGACCUAUCCGUGAAGGUACCAGAGUUGCCUCUAUUGAAACGGGACUUGCAGCUGCUGCAGCCAAGUUAUCCCAGCAGGAGGAAAAAAAAGUCAAGAAGAAAAAGAAUACAAAAAAGAAGCUUUCACCUAACAACACAAAUAAUCUUUGUCAGGAAAGCAGUUCUCCCGAAGCCACAAAGCUGGAAUCUCUGGACACUAGUCUAACAGACCACGAGUACACGGCCGGCGUCAGCACGUUUGGUGUGGCCCAAGUAAACAGAGGGUCUCAGCCUAUGGCCCCCGGGGUGUUCCUCACACAAAGAAGACCGUCUGUGUCUUCCCAAAAUAACUCAGCUGCCAAAGCUGCUCUGCCAGGGGCAUUAGGACACUUUCGAAGCAGUACACACAUAUCUGAGACCAAUAGCCAACAUCCGGGAGGAUCAAUGGGUAAACGUACAAAAAAAGGCAUGGCAACCGCUAAACAGAGGCUUGGGAAGAUCCUGAAAAUCCACCGGAACGGAAAGCUUCUCCUUUAGUGUUUGUACAGAGUUAGACUUUUGCUUUCUCCUCGCGGCUCAUAGACUCGUGAGCUGACACUAAACCUUGAACUCUCGAAGGACUGCAGUGGCGCUCUGCAAAAUGUGCUAGGAGGAACCCACCCCGCUCUACCUUCUACCUUCCUGCCACCACUUUAGUAAUUCUUUUUAACUUCCAGCAGUUGACGUGUACAGAUUACUGCUAAUAUUUUUUAAUAAUAAUAAUUCUAUUGUCCUUUCUCAAAUUGCUGAGAGUGACUAGUUUGCAGGAAAGAAGAAAAUGAAAAAAAAUAUAUAUAUAUAGGAUCAUUCCAGUCUUUAGGAGAGAACCCACUUGGUCAGUGAGAGGAACACAAAGGCAUUGCUUGGUUUAAUUUAUCUUGCAACCAUGUGACAGACGUACAGCACACAUGAUGGCGGCUGCAACCCUUUGAUCAUAGACACCAAUCAUCUUGGGCUUAGCGUCACAUGCUUCGUAUCGUCAAUGUCAUAAGGAUUCUGACGAGCUGCUUCAUUAGUUAGUGCGAGUCAGUGAGUGUAUUUUUGUUCACUAAGGCCCCAACUAUCACAGCAUUACCCCUACAUCUACCAUGAAACAAAAAAAAAAUUCCCCUCUGACACACAGAUGUCAAGAUGAAGAUGCACAAACAUACACUCACUUGGGUCCACACACCUCCAUCAGAUCCCAGUUGUAUGGAUUUUUGCCUACACACACAUCCAUACAUCACUGUAUAAUCUAUGUAUACAGCAGGUACAUACAUGUAAGUAUGGAUGUGACCAUCAAAAAAAGCUCCCACGUGCAUCCAUGCUUAUAUGUGGCUGCCAACAUCUCAGAUUUCAGUUGAGUCUCUCUUAGUCUAGAAGUUCUCCUGUUAUAAGGAUUGUUCCCUCAGAAAGAGCAGCACUUUGGCCACGUCUGGUAUUGUAGCCUGUGGACUAGAACGGUGCUGUUUCUGGAAGAUAAAAAAAAAAAGCAGACCUUUUUUUCUCAACUCAUUUAAGUUAAGGUGCAGAAUCUACAUUACUAAUUAUUAAUCAUGGAGCACCCCAUUAUCAUUGGGUCUAGUUUGCUAUUGAAGAAGAAAUCUAAUAAUGCAAGAAACAAUUUUUAUUGAGCAGAUUACAUCAUGAAGUAUUCAAUUGUCAAGGGUUGGUGCUGGGCAUCAGCAGUUAAAGGGCAUCUGUCAGCAGAUUUGUACCUAUGACACUGGCUGACCUGUUGCAUGUGCGCUUGGCAGGUGAAGGCAUCUGUGUUGGUCCCAUGUGCAUUGCUGAGAAAAAUGAUGUUUUAACACAUGCAAAUGAGCCUCUAGGAGCAACGGGGGCGUUGCCGUUACACCUAGAGCCUCUGCUCUCUCUCCAACUGCUGCACUCUCUCCACUUUGAUUGACAGGGCAGGUAGUAUAAAUGUAAAUCACGCCUGGCCCUGGCUAAUCCUGAAGACCUAGAGGCUCAUUUGCAUAUAUUAAAACCUCAUUUUUGUAACCAAUGCGGACACAUAUGACCAUGGGACCAACACAGAUGCCUUCAGCUGCCAAGUGCCCAUGCAACAGCUCAGCCAGUGUCAUAGGUACGAAUCUUCUAAAAGAUGCCCUUUAAGUAGGUUUAUGGUCAGGGUCUAAAACUAGAACACAUGAAAGUCUAAUCCAAUGGCUUGUUUCUUUAAGCAGGGGAAUUUACAGGGGUUCAAUAUCAAUGGGAUUCUUACAUAGAUCGCUAGGAAUGAGAUGUCUGAGUUCUGGGUCAUUUAUACCAGAAGAUAUACCGUUAAGCCUCCCCUAAAGACCACCUCUUUGAGAAGAUCACCCCUAUCCAGACUAGAUUUUUUUUAAUGACAGAUUUUCAGGUCCACCGUAUAGUAUGCGUACUGGCCAUCAUCUUUCAAGAGACCACCCGUCUAGAAAACCACUUUUCAAUGUAAUCUUGAGUAGUCAUCUCAAAGAGGUUUCAUUGCAGGUUUUGGAGUUAGAGCUCUAUCAGGAAUAUUAAAGGAGUUGUCACAAGACUUAAACUGAUCACCACCGAUCACAAAAACAGGGGUCUGGUGCGUCCCUGUAUGAAUGGAGUGGUGGUCGAGCAUGCUUGCUGCUGCGCCAUUCAUCUUUAUGGGAGUACCAGAGCUAACCAAGUCUUGUCUUUGGCUAUCUCCGGCAGUCCCAUAGGGAUUCAAGGGAGUGGCAGCAUGCAGGCUUGACUGCUGCUUCAGUCAUACAGGGGGGACACAGGACACCUAUUCUCAUGGACGUCCCCUCUAAGUGAAACUGUAAAACCUCAGACACACCAAUUUGGGAAAAGAUCAUGUUUCCUUUGAAGAUUUAUUAGUUCUUAUUGGACAGAUUUGGGGAUCCAGCUUGUAGAUCUUAGUUACAUAAUCCCUAUUGUUGCUCCCUUCUCCUGUAUCCCUUGCUGCCUAAUUUAGUUUUGAAGCCAUAAUAUGUUUUUUUCCUUUAUUUUCGGACCUGUGCUUACUUACAGUGCUAGAAUCUAAGGAACUGUUUGAGCAAAGACUCUGUUCUGUGCAUGUUUGAGCCCUGUUUGCCGUAUGCGCUAGGUUUUUUUUUUCUGUAUAGAAAGGCAUUCUGCAAAAACCGUAUACUAUGUGGUAUACUUUUUUUUUACAAUUAUAUUUAUUAGGUGAAAUAUGCCACUGUAUGCUUAUACAGUGGCAUAUAUCGGAGCCCUGAGUCGGGCAAUAGUCCUGAUGUAUGUGUUACAAGACUAAUUAUUGCACUCAAUAUAGCAUAAUAAUGUAUGUUUAUUACAGCGGCAUACAGUGAAAUACAUUUCUAUGUAUGGGGUUAGACUUUUAGAUACUAAAGCUAGUUUCACACUGGCUCGAAACUGUUCCGGAGUUCAUUGCGUCCAGCAUAGCUUGAAUCUGCCUAAGCGCUGCCAGGCCCCAUUGACUAUAAUGAGAUCCGGCCUGUUUCAGGCAGUAGGGCCAUGAUUCGACCAGACCAAUACCGCUGCAAGUCCCAGCACUAAUGCCGUAAACAGGCCGGGUCCCAUUAUAGUAAAUGAGCUCUGGCUGGGAAAGGUAGUAUCUGGCUAUACCGGAUACGAUGAACUCCGGCAGGGUGUUCCUCUACCGGGACAGUUUAGCACUAGUGUGAACCUAACUUAACCUGAUUAAAAGGUGAAGAUGAUGGAGGGUCCAUAGGAGAACCAUAAUUUGCCAACAUGGUUGUCAUCUAUUUAUUGGAAGAUUCAUAUGGCGAAAUUCAUCUAGGAAUGUAAGACUGUUAUAUAGAAUAGAAACUCUGUUCUGUCGGCCAUGUCCAGCACUGGAUAUGUGGUCAUGAAGAUCACUGUGUUUUGUAGCAAACCAAAUGUCUGUCCCGUAAUGGUUCUACAGCAAACGGGGACCACUGCGUACCAUUUCUUCGAUAUAUUUUAUUGCUUUGCACACAUUACCAGGAGGAUGGUCACAUAGCCCUAUAACUAUGAAAUCCAACCUUCAGAUCUCCAUCAGCUUUGGUCGAUGACAUAGUUUUUUUUUGCAGUUUUAGCCUAAUCAUAUCAUACAGCUCCUGUUGAUUAUGACAUAUAGGCUAUUAAUAUGGUGUAUAGGUGUAACUCCACACAAUGAAAAAAAACUAUUUUUGUCGAUGUCCUAGACCAGUCUCCCACCUCAAAGAAAACCACUAAAAGUUGAAAUUUUAGGAGUCUCUUGCUUUCUUCAGCUCUCAGUACCAUCAGCACAUGCACCGUUCUCAUGCUCUCCCCCUAUCCUCCGUAUAAAUAAAUGCCCCUCUGGUAGAUAUGACUGGAUCUAGCGUAGCAAGCAAUUAUUUAGACUGGGACCACCAUUACAUGAUGAGAAUGGGGCUAUCCCAACCUGUGCAACUCAUUUUUGUAUUGCACCAAUGCAUCAGAAAAUGAAGCUAAUUUAUAAGUAGUUAUAAUUUAAAAGGAUUCUACCAUUUUGCAUCUCCAUGGUUACAGACUACAACCAAACUCUAUGUAGUCUGGCCAAGUAAGUGCUAUGUUUUUAUCUGUCCUCGUCUUCAUGUGACAUAUUCCUGUUAGGCCAUGUUUUACAUCUGCGUUGGAGGUUCUGUUUGUUAAAAAGAGCGGAGAAAAAAGUCCUGAAUACAAGACCUUUUUCUUCGCUAAAAAAAAAAUCAUUCUACUGGAUGGAAACCGAACGGAUCCCAUUAUAGCCCAUGGGGUCUGUUGGGCUCCGUUUGCUUCAGUUAUGUGCCGUAUCUGGCACUUCUGUUAUGUACGUUGUUCUGCCCCUAUAAUGGAGCAGAAUAGCAGAAAUAACCAAGCAAGAAGUAGGGAACAGAAGGAAAAAAGAGCGCGGCAGCCGGAUCGGUUUGUUUGGAGUUAGUUGCCAUGGAGGCAGGUUUUCAGAGGUGCUGUGCACACAAUACGGUAGAAUAUAUAAAUCUUUUAAGAUUGGAGCAAUAAAAAAUGGUUACAAAGAUGGAUGCAGGGGGUGGUGAGACCUCAACGGAAUCUUCUGAUUACACCUGAAAUUGACAGGGUCUAUGAGACAUCUUGGAAAUGAUAUCUUACUGCUGGAAGACCUUUGUAAGGCAAGCACUUAACGUAAGCCAUUCCUUUUCUUAGUUUUUGUUGUUUUCAUGCUCUCUGUGGUUGUAGAUAG